AUGGCUGAUGUGUGUCAUGCAUGGCAUACUCUUAUUAAUCAUGGGGUUAAUCCAGAAAAUAUUAUUACUAUGAUGUAUGACGAUAUUGCAAAUAAUAUAGAGAAUCCACACAAAGGCAAAAUUUUCAACAGUCCUGAAGGACAUGAUGUGUAUGAAGGGGUUCGUAUUGACUACAAAAGUAUAGAUGUGACCCCAGAAAAUUUUAUAGCAGUUCUGCUGGGAGAUAAGGAAAAAACUGGAGGCAAACGAGUGCUAGAAAGCACAAAAAACGACAAAGUUUUUAUCUACUUCACUGAUCACGGUGCUACUGGAUUAAUUGGAUUUCCCUCUGAUAUUCUGUCAGUUAAAAAUUUUUCUGAUACACUGCUUUCAAUGCACAAAAAAAAGAAAUAUGGAGAAUUAACCUUCUAUUUAGAGGCGUGUGAAUCUGGCUCUAUGUUUGAUGAGCAUAUGCCGGAAAGUCUGAAAAUUUAUGCAAUGACCGCAGCUAAUGGGCACGAGUCAAGUUGGGGUUGUUAUUGCAACACAAAAAUUCUCCCAGACAAUUGUUUGGGUGAUCUGUUUUCGGUCAAUUGGAUGGAUGAUUCUGACAAAGUUUUUUUGAUAUUUCUAUGA